CCAGUUGGGACGACACAAUGCUGCAACUUUGGACCAUUACACUUCUUCUGCUGGCCACAGUGAGAGGGAAUGAAAUAUGUUUUAAAAGGAUCGGUUGCUUUUCGAAUGGCAAGCCAUGGUCUGGAACACUCCAGAGACCUUUUAAUUUACUUCCCUCAUCUCCUGAGGAUAUCAAUGUCCGUUUCCUUCUCUACACUAAUGAAAAUCCAAAGAACUUCCAAAUUAUUCUUUCAGAUGACCCUUCCACCAUUAAAGGUUCAAAUUUCAAAACAGAUCGGAAGACUCGUUUCAUCAUUCAUGGCUUCACAGACAAAGGGGAAGGAUCCUGGUUGUCAGACAUGUGCAAGAAUAUGUUUCAAGUGGAAAAAGUGAACUGCUUCUGUGUUGAUUGGAAAAAGGGUUCACAAACGACAUACCCACAAGCAACCGCCAACAUCCGGGUAGUGGGGGCUGAAGUGGCUUAUCUAAUCAAUUUACUAUCAACCGAGUUCAAAUUGUCUCCUUCUGAUGUUCACAUCAUUGGUCACAGCCUGGGAGCUCAUGCUGCUGGAGAGGCUGGGAGGAGACUCCAAGGCCAAAUUGGCAGGAUCACAGGCUUGGAUCCUGCUGGGCCUUAUUUCCAGAAUACUCCAGAGGAAGUCCGAUUGGAUGCCAGCGAUGCCAUGUUUGUUGAUGUAAUUCACACAGACUCUUCUCCUUUGAUCCCAAAUAUGGGUUUUGGUAUGAGCCAAACUGUGGGACAUCUGGAUUUCUUUCCAAAUGGUGGAAAACACAUGCCUGGAUGUCAGAAAAAUGCCCUUUCAACCAUUGUUGAUAUAAAUGGAAUAUGGCAAGGAGCAGUUAAUUUUGUGGCUUGCAAUCACUUGCGAUGCCUUGACUAUUAUUCCAAGAGUAUCCUACAACCUGACGGCUUUGUUGGUUACUCCUGCACUUCCUAUGAGGUUUUCAACUCAGAUGGAUGUUUCCCUUGUCAAGCUGAAGGAUGCCCAAGGAUGGGUCACUAUGCUGACCAGUUUAAGGAUAAAACAAAAGCAUUGGGGCAGAAAUUUUUCCUCAACACUGGGGACAGUGGUAACUUUACUAGAUGGAGAUAUGGUGUAUCAGUCAUACUCUCUGGGGAAAAAAACCUGAGUGGGCAUAUCAAGAUUGCUAUGUAUGGAAGUAAUGGCAUCUCAAGACAAUAUGAUAUUUUCAAGGGAUCCCUCAAGCCAGGUGCAAGUCAUAAGAAGCAGAUUGAUGUUGAUAUCAAUGUGAGCAACUUCGAGAAGGUGAAAUUCCUCUGGUACAACAACAACGUGAUCAACUUCUCCCAGCCCAAAUUAGGUGCCUCAAAGGUUACAGUUCAAAGUGGUGAAGAUGGAACUGAGUAUCAUUUCUGUAGUAGUGACACUGUUCCAGAAGAUGUUCUGCAAACACUCUCUCCAUGUUAGAAAUGGAUCCUGGUGGUCUUUCUGUCUUUGUUGUGAUAAAAUUGUAAAAUGCAACUUCUUGUUUCAAGUAGUAUUGAUGUCUAACCUCUGAUCAUGAUCUGGUUACUAACCUGACUGAAAGCUUCCUGAGGGAAGCAGCCAUAUCAUCUAAAUUAUAUUAUUUCUUCUGGUACUCUGCAGACAGAAGGUGCCUAAUAAAUGUUUCUUGUAUGAAUAGAGAAGUGAA